AUGGAAAUGGCAACACCUGAGUUCAUUAUUAGUCCCGAUUACAUUAAUAUUUCAAAGAAAUUUCUUGAAAGCUUUUAUUACACGAAGAAUGAGGAACAUUUGAUGAUUUACCGUCAGAAAGUGGCCGACUCAAUCCUUUGCAAGAAAGGUAUCGCAAAAACAUUUGGAAAAGCCCUGCGGGUAUUAAUUGAAGAAGUGAAACGUAAAGCAAAUCCCAUAACGUACAACACAUUGCGUGUUAGUGCGUACAAGUCUGCCGUUUUCCUCCAGGCGGCGCUUCUAAAUUAUUCUGAGUGUUCAGCCAAGCUUGCACGAAAUCUGAUGAAGGAUAAAAACUAUAUUCAAUCGAACAAACUUAUUUUGCGUGGCGUUUGUGUAGCUGAUGCGAAUCUGCCGAAUCUAAGCCUGUUCAUACUAGCAUAUUUGGCCAAAGAUGAACAGGAGCUCAAGCUCUUGGAAAAAACUACAGUCGAUCUCAUUAUGACGAGUCUGAAAGAUGCUUUUGAAAAUAAAAUUCGAAAGGCUGACGGCUUUCGUCCCGUCGAAUUGUGCGCCUAAAAGCUGUUAGAGCGUAUGACGCUUCAAACCAAUAACUACAAUACAAAUCCGCACGUUAUGAUCAGCUACAAUCCCUUCUACCGAAACUUGGCCACCCAAUUAGCCAAUCGACUCAAGGCGGCCGGUUUCAAGUACCUAACUGUCACUAUUGACGGUAAACCUGCCAGCGCUGACACAGCUUCAGCCCUCAUGGCAAACAGCACAAACACUUGGAAGGACUAGGCCAAGUAUGCCAGUCGCCUUGGAAAACCCUUCGUCUUCUGCCGUGCGCAGAAAAACUACUCCCCCAACGGUUGGCUAAAGGACCUGAUGAAGAACGCCGAGACAAUCACCUAUGAAUUCUCUUCAAAGCACAUUAGUGAUCCCACUUUUAAAGAUGUCAGGCGAAAGAUGGAGGGUCAUCGUGCCGAGUUCUUGCGAAAAAUGAAGGAUGACUGCACUUCGAGAAGUAUUGUCAUGGUAAUCCAGCAGCCAAUUUCUACUCUGCAUGAGUACAAUCUGUUCUCUAGUAGAGGCUGCCCUCCCAGUAUCCCUGAUACCUCCGAUCAAUCUCAGUUAGGCAGCAUCCUUUCACGUGCUGACCUCAGAAUAAACCAUUCCUUCCAGCUUUACAGUGCCCCUACUGAAUCAAAGGAGGGCUGCAACGACAGUUUAUCCCUGGAUGGGCAAAUUCUGCGAGGUGACAUGGAAAUCUCCAGCUGGAACGCCACUAAGGUCAAGGAAUGGAUGAACGAUCACAAGAUCAACUGGGAAAACACUGAGAAUUUAAAUGGCCAAGACCUCUGCUUCUUGAAACGGCUUCGCAAUGAGGCACCAGAAUUUUUCUACAAAAUGGCCAGUGAGAAAUGGCGAAUCACUUCUGUUUCUGCUUUGCGCAAGCUCACAAACUCACUUGAAAGUCUUUGA